AUGGAUAAUAUAAUUUACUCUUAUUUAAUUAAUAAUUAUAACAAUAGAAAUAAUGAAGAGUUUUUAAAUUGUUUAUUAAUAUUAUCAAUUAAUAAUUUAAAUAUUACAUUCAAUGAACUUCAAGAUUAUUGUAAUAGUAUCAAUAAUUACAAAAACAAUAAUCAAAACCUUCAAAUAAAAAAAAUAAAAAAAUUACAAGAAGAGGAAAAAAAGCAUUUAAAUGAUUUAAAAGGAUUAAAUGACAAACAAUUUCAAACACUAAAUAAUCAAAUUCAAAAUUUAAAAAAUAUAUUAACAACCAAUAAUUCUAAUAAUGAAAUUAUAUAUACUCAUUCAAUUACAGAUAAUAAUAAUAAUGACACAAUUAACAAUAGAAAUAAAAGAAUUUCAUUCGAUUGUUCAAUACUUAUAAUCAUUAAAAAUAAUUUAAAUCAUCUCACUAAUAAUAAUAAUAUAAAUCAAUUAAUUUUAAAAUCACAAUCUGAUAUUAAUAAUAAAAUUAAAACAAAUCAACAAAUAAAUCAAACAAUUGAUAAUAAUUAUAUAUUAUUUAAAAAGUUUUGGGGAAAUAUGAUUAUUAGGGAUCAAAUUUUAUUUCAUCUUAGAAUAUAUAAUAAUCAUAAUCAUAGCUUUGAUAUAAGGAGAAAUAACAUUUCAACAUAUAAAUAUAGAAAUUAUUUUAAUAAUGUCAAGUUAUUGGAUUCUGAUGGCUAUAAAAACCAACGUAACUCAAAUUGUUAUCCAAUGCCACAAAUUGUUGAAAAUAUAGAGAUGAGAUGUUCAGAUAUUAUACUUGGAGAACACUGGAUACCAGAUACAUGUAAAUCCAUUACAUUUAUAGAUUUUGAUCAACAAUUAACCCGUAAUAUCAUUGGUAAUAGUCUAACAUCUAUUGAUUUUGGUAAUGAAUUUAAUCAAUCUUUAAGUGAUACAAAUGGUAUACCAUGGUUACCAAGAACAUUAAAAUCUUUAACUUUUGGAAAACUAUUUCAACAUUCAAUUCAUAGAGACGAAAUACCACCAUCACUUACAUCAUUAUUAUUGGAUCCAAAAUAUCAAGGAGUAAUUCUAUAUGGAUCAAUACCAAAGUCAGUAACAACUCUUCAUUGUUAUUUUGAUUCUAAAGAUGGUACAUGUAAAUUUGACUCAACAUCGGUACCAGGUGGCACAACAUCUUUAGAGUUUGAUUAUUUUUUCAAUCAGACCAUUGAAAAAGGAGUGAUUUCAAACAAUGUUACAUCAUUGAAAUUCGGUUCGGGCAAUCAUAAACUUGAACCAGAUUCAUUACCAAUCUCAAUUAAAACUUUACAUCUUGGUAGAAACAAAGACUAUUCAGCUCAAUUACCACCAACAAUUACAAAUUUAUCAAUACAUGAAUGCCUUGAAGUGUUUCUAUUGCCCAAAACAAUUCAAACACUAAAAAUAAUGGAUUUCACUACUCGUUCCCACCCACAUUUACACUCUUUAUAUUUUUUCAAAAAUUUAACUUCGUUGAAACUCAAUGUAAGUCAAAUAGAUUUAACAGAUGUAAAAUUCCCGCCUACUAUUUCAAAACUAGUUUUAACAGUUUCAGAUGAAUUCGAAUUAAACGAUAGUCUCUUACCAAAUAAUCUUAAAAAAUUAAAAAUCUAUGGUUUUAAUCAACCCUUAAAUGUUGGAGAUCUACCAUCAUCUAUAGGGGUAUUAAAAUUACCAAGUUACAAACAACCAAUUCAAAAAGAUGUAUUACCAUCAUCACUCACUUUAUUACGAAUUUCUGAUUUUUUCGAUUCAACUAUCGAUAGAGAUGCCUUACCACCUAAUUUGAAAUCAUUUUAUUUUACAGGUUAUAAUUGUGAUGAAUUACCAGAUUUAAUAUGGCCACCUUCAUUCGAAUUUGUUUAUAUCUACAAUGAUAGUUUAAAUUUUAUAAACUCUAUUCCCACAGAUUUCUUUAUCAAACAUACAAAACUAUUAAAACGUGGGAAAUUAAAUUAUUAA